AAACAACCCCAAAAUCUGCACAAUAGCUCAAGGAGUCAAAAAUCCCAAAGAUCAAACCACGAGUCAAAGACACUAAAACAUAUAAAAGUAAUAAAACCCAAUAAACCACUCCAACCAAAAUCAGUAAUAUCCAAAAGACCAAAACCCAAAGACUCCAACUUCUUUGAAUCUCUCUCUCUCUCUCUCUCUCUCUCUCUCCAAACCCGACCCGAAAACAUGGCUCCAUUUCCAAUCCUCCUCCUCCUCCUCCUCUCCGCCGCCGCAAGCCCCUCCCUUUCUCUCUCCUCCAACUCAUCCGCGUCGGUCUUCGAGCUCUUACCCAAGUACGGCCUCCCCAGUGGUCUCCUACCCGCCUCCGUCACCAACUACACGUUAUCCGACGACGGCCGAUUCGUCGUCGUUUUGGACAAGCCCUGCUAUAUUCAGUUCGACUACUUGGUCUACUACGAGACAAGCAUCACCGGAAAGCUGAGCUACGGCGCCAUCACCGGCCUCAAGGGCAUUCAGGUCCAAAGAUUGUUCUUUUGGUUCGACGUCGAUGAGAUCCGCGUCGAUUUGCCGCCGUCCGAUAGCAUCUACUUCACCGUUGGGAUCAUCAACAAGAAGCUCGAUGUUGAUCAGUUCCAGAGUGUUCAUUCUUGCCGCGACGGGGUUUCGGGUUCGGGUUCUUGUCUCGGGUCGCUCAGACGGGUCAUUCAGCUUCCAUCUCCACUGGAAGAAGAGAUAAAGAUGCUACUUACUGAGUAGCUGACGGAUGAAGUGCUUAAGGUGUUCGUAGUGGUGGAGCCUCAAAAACCCACAAAGUCUUACUCGACACUUUCAAGAUACCGAAGCCUAGACUCACAAGCCAUUGAGUUUGGUUGUAGUAAAAUCAAAUGUAAUGUACCCUACUGGACAUGUUUCAUAGUUAUUUUCCCACAUGGGUAUUGUUACUAGUGUUAUUGGUUGCAACAAUGUAGUUUGUAUUGACGAUACUGCCAUAUAUGAAGGACUUGAUCUUGUAUAUUAA